AACAAAUGACAUUUCUGUACCAAUCUCCAAGAGAUAAAGUCCCUCAGUUUUUUGUUUCUGUGUCAGACAUAUUGCAGACAGAUGACAUUAUAACAUCUGAUUCUUGAAGACGUUGAAAGAAGUUGUGCUCCCGUGAAGUGUAUAAAGUGUGAUGGAUAACUAACAUUAAAAAUGGGUUUUGAUAUAAACAGGUUUCAAGGUGAUGUAGACGAAGAAUUGGUGUGCCCCAUUUGUUCAGGUGUCUUAGAGGAUCCCUUACAGGCUCCUGUAUGCGAACAUGCAUUUUGUAAGUCCUGUAUAACCGAAUGGAUAACCAGACAACCCACCUGUCCUGUCGAUAGACAAAGCGUCACUUCUGCCCAACUGCGACCAGUGCCCAGAAUUUUACGAAACCUGCUUUCUAGACUGUGUAUUAAUUGUGAUAACGCCCAGUAUGGCUGUACUCGUGUAUUAAAAUUAGACUCUCUCCAAUCCCAUCUCGAAGAAUGUGAACACAAUCCCAAGAGACCGCUACCUUGCGAAAAGGGCUGUGGAUUAGUAAUUCCUAAAGAUGAAUUAAAAGAUCACAACUGCGUUAAAGAACUGAGAGCCCUUAUACAAACGCAACAACAGAAAUUGAACGACUUCCAACAGGAAAUGACUGAGCAACGUUUCCUAAUUAAUGAGCAAAAGCGCGAAAUGCAGCUUUUGAAGGAGUUUAUGAGAGCGAUGAGAAUAUCGAAUCCUUCAAUGAGGGCCAUAGCUGACGCGAUGGAGAGGGACGAGGUCUUGAGGUGGAGUAAUUUCUUGCAGAGGGCACGGGUGACGCGAUGGGGUGGAAUGAUUUCGACACCAGAUGAGGUUCUUCAGAGAAUGAUCCGAAGAACGUUGACUGAAAUGGGUUGUCCCCCCCACAUAUUGGAUGAUCUAAUGGAGAAUUGUCAUGAGCGAAGAUGGCCACCUGGGUUAAGUUCUCUGGAAACUAGGCAGAAUAAUAGGAGACAAUAUGAGAAUUAUGUUUGUAAAAGGGUGCCAGGCAAGCAAGCUGUUUUGGUGCUAGCAUGCGAUAACACGCAUAUGAGUGAAGAUAUGAUGGUAGAACCAGGACUCGUUAUGAUUUUUGCUCAUGAUAUUCGGGUCACAUGUGUACUAAAUGAAAGAUAAUUCCAUCUAAUCACGUUGCGGAUUUAGAUUGACUGUUAACAAUGUUUUUGUCUGGAGUGUAAAUUAGACAAAAAAUACAUCCACUGUAAUUGUCGUUUAAUCCAGUUAAUACUGGACUUUGACACUUCCGUGUGCUCCAGUUUCGUAGCACUAGAGAUAUUACAAAAUUGAAUAUAUAAUUUUCAUUGUUUUGUUUUAGUGUAUUAGCUGUUUUUGUAGGCAGGAAGAUAUUUUCGACAGGUUCAGCGCUCCUUACCUUUCCUAGUAAUUGAAACUUUUUGUUUGUACAUUCUAUUGUGCUAAUGUUUUGUUAACUGGACCGUGUACACAGACUUAAUCAAUGUUGAUGGGUGUGCGGUUUUCCCAAGUUUGUUUCUGUUAUUACGUGUAGUUUGUUAAUGAUCUAAGUAUUUGAUCUCAAAAAUUCAGAACAAAGUCGUUCCUACAUCCGUUCGGAGUUGGUUUGACGUUAACACUAGUCACGUCGACAAAGAAAUGUGAUUUUAUAAAAAUUCUGAAAAAUUUGUGUGAUUAUGGAGGAAAGGAUGCAGAAAUAUUUUGCAUCUAAAUAUCGAGGAAGAAUAUAGUAUAGGUUGCUUUGGUCAAAGUAUUGCGUUAAAAAAAUCGAAGGGGAAUUUCAAAGGGGUAAACAGAAACUACUACUUUGAAAUUUGUAUUUUAUUGUGUAAGUUUUCGAUUAUAAUUAUUGUUUGUUAUUUUUUCCGAAGGAUGUCGUGUUGUUUUAUUAAUUUUAAUGUGAUUAAUGUUGAGGCUUAAUCCAUGAUGUACUUAAUUCUAUUGGGCAUUUUGUAGUCUUAUCUAUUGUGCUGCCAAUUUCUUGUAAUAAACAAUUAAUUUUUA